UGAAGGUGCUUUUUUGUUUUCUGAUUAAGUUAUUUACAAAGUUAGCACAAACAUAAAAACACCAGGUGGAAUUACGUGUCGCACAAAUGUGUGAGCAGGGCGACAGCAAACAGUAAAACGCUUGUUGCAGGUAACACAUCGCAUUGUUGGCAUGGACGACCUGGACAACACGACCGGCACGACGCCCGCGCCGCCCGCCGCAGAUGCGACUGCGACUGGGUCACAGAGCGAAAACUCAGAGGAUGAGGACUAUUUGGAUAAUAGCAUUGAGCUGCGCGGCUAUUUGAGCAAAUGGACCAAUUACAUAUAUGGCUGGCAGCCGCGCUAUAUUGUGCUCAAGGAUGGCACGCUCUCCUACUACAAAUCCGAAUCGGAGUCGGACUUUGGUUGCCGUGGCGCCAUCAGCCUGUCCAAGGCGACCAUUAAGGCACACGAAUCCGAUGAGCUGCGUUUCGAUGUGGUCGUCAACAAUCUGAACAACUGGUGCCUGCGCGCCGAGACCAGCGAGGAUCGCAUGCAUUGGGUGGAAGUGCUGCAGCUGUAUAAGGAGGGCACGGGCAGCACGGACACCACAUCGUUGCGUCGCCAUGGCAGCACCAUGUCGCUGCAGUCGAACACCAUAUCGCUGGCCAGCGGCGGCAGCUUAAAGAAAACCCAACGCAAUUUGCGUGAAAAGGUUGGCGAACUGGAAACCUUUAAGGACAUACUGUUCGUUCAGAUUGAGACGCUGCAGCGUUAUUUCGAUGCCUGCUCCGAGCUGAAUAAGGCCAAUGCACAGCCGCUCGAUUUGGGCGACGGCCUCAAGCCCAUUGAUUUCAAGGGCGAGUCCAUUACAUUUCGUGCCACAACAUCCGGAGUGCUUAGCACAUUGCAGCAUUGCCUGGAAAUCAUAGCAGAGAAUGAUGAGUCAUGGAAACGCAAAUUGGAGCGCGAAAUUGAUAAGCGACGUCGCGCCGAGGAGCAAAAUAGAAAGUUCAAGGAGGAAAUUGAGAAGCUAAAACGUUUAUCGUAUCCCGGCCCAGAUUUUGAGGAGGGUCCACAUUCCACAUUGCCCGAGGAUGAGUUCUUUGAUGCGGUUGAGACGGGCCUGGAGAAAAUCGAGGAGGACAUGCAGAUGCGCUUCAAACUGAGACUACAAUCGCAAAUCUCACAGACGCUGGUCAAUGUGCCGCACGAGGCCGUUGCCGAGGGCGAGGAGGCGCGCGAAGAGUUUGGCACCGGCGCCGAGGCCAAAAGUCACGCCCUCUGGCCGGAGAUUGAUCGCGUUUGCAAGGAGCAGCUGCAUUAUGCGCGCGAGGGCGUCGGCCAGGAUGGCAAUGGCUGGCAAAUCUUUGCCGACGAGGGUGAAAUCAAAAUGUACAAACGCGAGGUGGAGCUGAAUGGCAUGGUCAUGGAUCCGCUGAAGGCCUAUCACUCAGUCAAGGGCGUGACAGCGCGUGAAAUGUGCCAUUAUUUCUUUAUGCCCGAGUUCCGCAACGAUUGGGAGACCACGCUGGAGGAUUGCACAAUAUUGGAGAAAAUCUCAGCGGACACCUUGCUCUUUCUGCAAACCCACAAACGCAUUUGGCCAGCCAGCCAGCGGGAUGCACAAUUCUGGUCGCAUAUGCGCAAAAUCAACGAUGGCCUCGAGCCGGGCACACGGGACAUGUGGGUCGUGUGCAAUAACUCAACGGAAUAUGCCAAACAGGAGUCCAAGAAUGGCAAAUGCGUGCGCAUCUUUCUGACGGUCAUACUCGCCUGCCAAACACAUCUGCCCGACGAUUAUGUCAAGGGCCAGCCGCUGAGCCGUGAUGAUCUAACCUGCAAAGUAACCUACUGCUCUGUGGUCAAUCCCGGCGGCUGGGCACCCGCCAGCGCCUUACGGGCUGUUUAUAAGCGUGAAUAUCCAAAGUUUCUGAAACGCUUCACCGGCUAUGUGAUAGACCAGUGCAAGGAUAAGCCGAUAAUGUUCUGAUAUUUGCCAUAAGCAACAAAGCAAUCAAAAUCAAUCAAAACAAAAACAAAAAAACAAAAAAUUGCAAGCAAAUGAAAACAAAAAAAAAAGAAAAAAACAAAGAAAAUGUUAUUCGUAUUAUGUUUCUAAUUAGCUUAACGUUUAAGUCUUAAGAUGCCGUUGAACUUACAAAGUGGCUAAACUCUUAAAUCUUUUGCCCUUUUUUUAUACACACACCUAAACGUAGUGUAAGCGCAUAUUGAACCGCAACCCCGUCAUGCCCUGCGCUCACUAUUAACUUGUAAAUGUGCUUUAGCUAGUUUUGUUCAUUCUGUAAACCAAUCGCCGUUUAGUCCUAAGUUAUUGGUAAGCGAAAAAACAAAAACACAAACAAUCAUUGUAUAGCGCUCAGCUGUUUGGAAUUUGUAUUUGGAUUUGUAUUUGUUGUUGAUCUGCAACAAUAUUAUUAUUAACUAUGAAAUGCUUUAAAUGCAACAA